GUGGGCCAAACAGGUCAGCUUUUGAUGCAAAGGCCACUACACCACAGGACCAAAGCUAAAACCGAAACGAAACUAAGCGAAUCAGCGCCGCCUCCUCUCUCUGAAUCGGGCAAUCAGCCAUGGCUGCCUCUUCUUCCUUAUUCAACACCUCUCUCUCCUCAUUCGACCCAAAACCUAAACCCUUUUACCGAAACUCUGUUACCAAACACCGCCCUUCCUCUCUCAUCACCUGCACCACCUCUUCCUCUAACAACAGCUCUCCCUCCACUCCCUCGCCGCCUCCUGCUGCUCCCAAGGUCCGCCGGACUGAUGAGAACAUCAGGGACGAGGCUCGGCGCCACCGCUCGAUUUCCAAUGACUUCUCCGCCAAGUACGUGCCCUUCAAUGCUGGGUUCGACUCGGCCGAGUCGUACUCGCUCGACGAAAUCGUUUACCGGAGCCGCUCCGGAGGCCUCCUCGAUGUCCAGCACGACAUGGCCGCGCUCAAGAAGUUUGACGGCGCGUACUGGAGGCGCCUAUUUGACUCGCGCGUGGGCAAGACGACGUGGCCGUACGGUUCUGGGGUGUGGAGCAAGAAGGAAUGGGUGUUGCCGGAGAUCGACGACGAUGACAUCAUCAGUGCGUUCGAAGGGAACUCCAACCUUUUUUGGUCUGAGCGCUUCGGCAAACAGUUUCUGGGAAUGAACGAUUUGUGGGUUAAGCACUGCGGUAUUAGCCACACUGGGAGUUUCAAGGACUUGGGCAUGACGGUUUUGGUCAGCCAAGUGAACCGCCUCCGGAAAUUGAAACGACCCGUCGUUGGGGUUGGCUGCGCCUCUACAGGAGACACUUCGGCGGCCCUCUCCGCCUACUGCGCCUCCGCGGGGAUCCCCUCCAUCGUGUUCCUCCCUGCGAACAAGAUCUCAAUGGCUCAGUUGGUCCAACCCAUUGCUAAUGGCGCAUUUGUACUUAGCAUCGACACCGAUUUCGACGGUUGUAUGAAGCUAAUCAGGGAAAUCACCGCGGAGUUGCCCAUUUACUUGGCCAAUUCUUUGAACAGUUUAAGGCUCGAGGGUCAGAAGACAGCCGCUAUUGAGAUUUUGCAGCAGUUCGAUUGGCAAGUUCCCGACUGGGUUAUUGUUCCCGGUGGUAAUCUUGGUAAUAUUUAUGCCUUCUACAAAGGGUUCAAAAUGUGCCAAGAGUUGGGUCUCGUUGAUAAGAUUCCAAGGCUUGUUUGCGCUCAGGCGGCCAAUGCCAACCCUCUUUAUCUUCACUACAAGUCAAAUUGGAAGGAAUUCAAAGCCGUCAAGGCGGAGUCGACCUUUGCUUCAGCUAUACAGAUUGGUGACCCUGUUUCCAUUGAUAGAGCUGUGUAUGCUCUUCAGAAUUGUGAUGGGAUUGUCGAGGAAGCUACUGAGGAGGAGCUCAUGGAUGCCAUGGCGCAAGCUGACUCAACUGGCAUGUUCAUAUGCCCACAUACUGGAGUUGCAUUAACUGCUCUCUUUAAGCUCAGGAAAAGUGGGGUUAUUGGGCCGAGUGAUCGUACAGUGGUGGUUAGCACUGCUCAUGGGCUGAAGUUUACGCAAUCGAAGAUUGAUUAUCAUUCCAAGGACAUCCCGGUCAUGGCAUGCAGGUUCGCUAAUCCACCGGUGGAAGUGAAGGCAAAUUUUGGUUCAGUCAUGGAUGUUCUCAAGGACUUUUUGAAUAAGGCUCCAAAGUCCUGAGCAUAAAUGACAAAACUGUCAAGAUGCAUUAGCGUAUAUGGAGAAUUUAUGAGAUGACAAAUAAGAACGGCAGUACUGAUACGGAGAGAGGGCUGUUCUUCUCCAGGUCAAGAUGCAUGCAUUAGGGUCAGCUGCAUUGCAUCGAUGAAAUCCUGUGAGUUUUAAUUUCGGAAACAAGUAGAACAGUUAAGUGGAUCGGUACUUUAGAGUGUGACCAAAGAUUGAAGUAGAUGUAUCCUUUGAUUAAUGAUAAUUGAGAAAUAUGCACUCACAUCACAAUGCCGAUGCCAACUCACUUGUAAAUCUCAUCUUUACUGUCAAAUUCAAAAGAAUCAAUUAGUAUGUACUUUAUUUCGAUAAAUAUAAUAAUGGUCGCUGUUGUUGGUUUCUUGCAAUCCUGUGGAAAAUCAGGAUGCGAGGGGUCCACAAAUCUAAGUUGACAUUUGA